AUUGUCAAACUGGAGCACAGGGUCCCCCGCUGUCUGCCGCUGCUGGACAAGGCUCGCAUGGCGCUGGAUAAAGGAGCUCAGGCUGUUAUCUUUGAUGUCAGUGAUGAUGCCAAUGCUGCAGCUGAGCUGCGAGAGACAGACUCCCUCCCCCGUCCCGUCGUGCUGGUGAAGGCCGAGGACGCCGAGGAGCUGAUGGGUUUGGUCAACAAGAACGAGGAGGCCAAAGUUCGUAUUGAGAUCAUGGUGGAGCAGUCUAGAUGGCCACAUUAUGACGUGGGGAUCCUGCUCACCAUUGUCCUGGCUAUUCUGACCAUCGUCUUAAUCUUCGCUUUCCGCUACAAGUGCAAGUCCAACAGAACCUGGGACUCUGUCCAUCAGCAGACCAUGCGGGCCAUUAGUCGACUGGAGACCAAAACCUACAGCUCUCAGGGCUGCUCAGGCUCACACCGCCACCGAGCGGCCUGGGGGUCGGCCAGCAGCUCCAACUCCAGCCCCGUCUGUGCCAUUUGCCUGGAGGAGUUCCAGGACGGGCAGCAUUUGAGGAUCAUCUCCUGCGCUCAUGAGUUCCAUAAAGACUGUGUCGACCCCUGGCUGCUGCAGCACCGCACCUGUCCCCUCUGCAUGCACAACAUCAUGGGUGAGGACAAGAGUAUUUCCAGGACGGAGCGGCAGCCCCAGAGGAACAGACUCCAGCAGAGUCCAGAACAAAGCCAAGGCUUCCUGCACGCUCAGCCUUACAGCAGCCCACACAACCACCCCUUCCCUCAGCACGCUAUCCCCUUCUCUAUGAGGCCCCACUAUCCUCGUGGACCCUCUGGACCAUAUCCAUCUCUGGGCCACUACAGUGGCUCUUCUCCCAUGGACACCCAAACACUGCGUUUCCUCACCAGCAGGCCGCUCGGCUCCGGCUGUGGGUACCGCCUUCCUGCAGAGGGUCCCGGAAGGCCCCACAGGAUUGGAGGUAACUGCAGGACGUCCACACACCACUACACCCCUCGUCGGUCCUGCCACAACUAUCGCUCGUCCUGUCCGACCCAGCGCAGUGCAUCCUGCUCCAGACUGCACCACACCGCCACUGUCCCACCACAGACCCGUGGAGCAGCAGCCCACAGCCGGCAGGACGAGGGCAGCUGCUCCGGCGGCAGCUACCACACAGAACGCAGUGGAUACUUGGCUGACGGGCCAGCGAGUGACUCCAGCUCCGGGCCCUGUCAUGGCUCCUCCAGUGACUCAGUUCUCAACUGUACUGACAUAUCCCUGCAGGGAGUUUAUGGCAGCUGGUCCACCUUUCGUAGCUCUCUGAGUAGUGACUACGAUCCAUUUGUGUAUUACGCGCCAGGUCCUGGGCGGGGCCCCCGCAGAAACAGCCUGGAGGCUGGUGCCCAGGCCCGGCCCAGGUCUCUGGACUCUGUGGUGAACAAAGCAGGCUGCCCUGAAGAACAGCCACAGACUGUGCUCAGCCACAUCCACUACCACCGCCACAGACACCACCACUACGAGGAGGGGGAGCACAGCCAGGGCCCGAGCAGAGGCUCAGACGAGGAGCAGGGGGCCGCCGCCGCUGCUGCACCUGCUGCUCUCGUCCCGGACAAAGACUCACCUGUGUGUCCUCCUAAGCACAGCCCCUGCCUGUGCCCAAAGCCGGACCCAACAGAUCGGCCGAGCCCGGGACAGACAGAGUGUCAGGACCUCGAUCCCAGCAGCCCUACGGGACCUCCUGUCCUGAUGUCCCCAAUCCCCUUACAGCUCCAACCCCACUGCUGCCACCAGGGACACGGACACCCUCCCGCUCCUCUGGGGCGAGUGGGUGGCUGUGUGCUUGAUGGUCCCUCGGUCCGCUUCCACCAGAGCCUGGAUCUGCAGGAUGACCGUAGCAUCCACAUUCACUACGGCCAGGGUCCGGGCUUCUGCUGCUCCCCGCCUGAGCUGCACCCCGCUCUGCUCCCCGUGCCCCUCAUUCUGGACUCUGGAGGGAUGGAGGACUGGACUUGCUGCGCCGGGGCCCAUGUUGUGUGGCAGAAACGGGUGCAGCAGGCCCGCUCAGAGCCUCAGCUCCUGGGGCCUGGGACUCCUAUGGACAGCCCCCCCUGCAGGUUCCACCACGGGCCUGCUGCUGACUGCAACACAGACAUUUGUUUAUACUGCCAAACAUUACACCACAAUCAGGGAUCAGAAGAGGAGUCCGGUGUGUGAGAACUUGUUGCAUCCCCAUUAUCACGCUGCUACACAGGAGCCAGAAUGGACAAGCCUCUCAUUGGCUAAUCGCUCUCAUGUCUUCCACAU